AUGCGGGUCCUGCUUGGAGUCAUUGGUCUCGUCGUAUUUGGUUUAGACUCCUCCACUACGAUUAAAAUUGAUGCGACGAAGCAGUAUCAGACUAUCCUUGGAUUCGGUGGAGCGAUAACCGAUGCUGUCGGUAUUAACAUUAAGAAAUUGAGCGAGGAUGCUGGGGAUAUGUUGAUGAAUCAAUAUUACGGCAAUAAAGGUAUCGGCUAUCGCCUUACUCGGGUUGUCGUGGCUUCAUCGGAUUUUUCCACUCAUCCUUACUCUUACAACGACGUUCAGGACGACUUUGAGAUGGUCAAUUUUAACCUGACGAUUGAGGAUUAUUUAUAUAAACUCCCCUAUAUAAAACAAGCAUUGACUCUCUCCAAAGCCAACGACAUCGACCUGAAGCUGUUCUGUACUGCUUGGGGACCGCCCGGGUGGAUGAAGCAGAACGGGGAGAUGCAGGGCGGUUCCCCACUAAAAGGCGCCCCGGAUGGGGUGUACUACAAGGCGUACGCAACAUACUAUAAACGAUACUUCGAAGAAUACGACAAAGAGGGUAUCCGCUACUGGAUGAUGACCCCAAGGAAUGAGCCCAGAGAGGGCAGAUCCGCAAAUUACUCCUUCCAAGUUGUCAACUUUACGAGCGAGGCGGAAUGUGAUUUUGUUAAAUACGCUCUCGGUCCAAUGCUGUGCUCGUCGGAUCUGACCAAGGAUAUGAAGCUGUUUAUCGGGGACGAGAAUCGCUAUGCUUUUCCGGACUUUGCGGAUACGUGCUUGGGUGAUACCGAAACGGCCCAAUAUAUCGACGGAUUUGCCUGGCAUUGGUAUGAAGAUGAGAAUAUCCCGCCGACGGUUAUUGACGAGACCAAUCAGAAGCACCCGGGGUAUAUGAAUUUGUAUACGGAGGCCUGCGGAGGCUGGAAAAACUCGAUGGGACCCCUGAUGGGCGAUUGGGAACGGGCCGAUGAAUAUGCGCAUGAUAUCAUCGAGGCAAGCUGGGAAAAAGAUAUCUCGCACGGCGUCCAGGGCUGGGUCGACUGGAACAUCGUGCUUGACGUCCAGGGAGGCCCGAAUUGGGUCAACAACUUUGUGGAUUCCCCAAUAAUCGCAAACUACACGUCGGACGAAUUUAUUAAACAGCCCAUGUUUUAUGUUAUGGGACAUUUUAGUAAAUUCGUGCUCGACAACUACACAAGAGUCGAUUUCGAAUCGUCAAAUGAAGAAGUGGAAGGCGUAGCUUUCAUAGCUCCAGAUGGUGCGCAACGAGUCGUCGUCCUCCAUAACCUGAGCGGAAACACGACGGAAAGUUGUACGAUCCAAGAUCAAGCGAAAACGACUCGAUUUGCCAAUAUCCAACUACCACCAGCUUCUAUUGCUACUGUUAUUUAUAGCAUUUCG